CUAUUCUUAUCUUCCAAGGAAAAUAACAACCAUGAGAAGAAUUAUAAACAAGUCAUAGAGUAUGUCUACUUUUACUUAAUCACUCCAAACCAGUCCUGCUAUUACCUCUGUGAGCUCUAAUGGACACUGUCCAAUUCCUAUUAACACUCUUCUCUAGCUUCUUUGCCAUGUUAGUCUGUAUAUUUUUUUAUCAGUUAAAGAGACCAACUACUAAUAAGAAAAAGACCUGCACUGCUCCUGAAGCGGGUGGCUCUUGGCCAAUUAUUGGCCAUAUGCACCUCCUAGGUGGCCGUCAACUGACCCACAGAACAUUGGGUGCCAUGGCUGAUAAGUAUGGACCAGUUUUUACCAUAAGGCUAGGUUCACAUAGAGUUUUGGUCUUGAGUAGCUGAGAAAUGGCCAGAGAGUGUUUCACUGUCCAUGACAAGGUUUUCUCAACCAGGCCAAGUAUUGCUGCCUCGAAGUUGUUGGGCUAUGACUAUGCUAUGUUUGGCUUUGCUCCUUAUGGAUCAUACUGGCGUGAGAUGCGGAAGAUAGCAACUAUUGAGCUUUUGUCAAAUCAUCGGCUUGAUAUGCUUAAGCAUAUACUAACUUCAGAGGUUAAAACUGUGAUCAAAGAAUUGUACAAACUAUGGGUUAGCAAAGGUAGUGCAGAAAGUGGAGCUAUUGUGGAUAUGAAGCAAUGGUUUGGGGAGUUGACACAUAAUAUUGCAUUAAGAAUGGUGGGAGGGAAGAGAUACUUUGGAGCUAAUGCUGAUUUUGAUGAAGAUGAGGCACAUCGCUAUCAAAAAGUGAUGAGGGAAUUUUUUUCUCUCUUUGGGGUGUUUGUGUUGUCAGAUGCAAUACCAUAUCUUGGGUGGUUGGAUAUGAAUGGAUACGAGUCAAGGAUGAAGAAAACUGCAAAAGAAUUGGAUGCUUUAAUUGGAGGGUGGCUAGAGGAGCAUAAACAGAAGAGUUUGUUAGAUGAGAAGAGAAAAGAAGAGCAGGAUUUUAUGGAUGUGAUGCUGAACACCCUGAAAGAUGCCAAGAUUUCAGGUUUUGACGCUGACACAAUCAACAAGGCUACUUGCCUGAAUCUAAUUUUAGCAGGAAGUGACACCACCAUGGUCACUCUCACAUGGACACUGUCUUUACUACUCAACAAUAGCCAUGUGCUACAAAAGGCCUUUGAUGAGCUGGACAUCCAUGUUAGCAAGGAUAGACACCUUGAUGAAUCUGACAUAAAAAAUUUAGUUUAUCUCCAGGCCAUUGUCAAGGAAACACUGCGCCUAUACCCUCCUACUCCAAUCAUAGGUCUUCGUGCUGCAAUGCAAGAUUGCACACUCUCAGCUGGGUAUCACAUUCCAGUCAAUACACGAUUAAUAGUGAAUGCUUGGAAAAUUCAGAGAGACGAGCAUGUGUGGCCAAACCCUCACAAGUUCCAGCCUGAGAGGUUUUUGACUAGCCAUAAGGAUAUAGAUGUGAGAGGUAAGAAUUUUGAACUCAUUCCUUUUGGCUCAGGAAGGCGAUCUUGCCCUGGGGUCUCACUAGCUCUUCAAGUGGUGCAUUUGACUCUUGCUAGCUUGUUACAUAGUUUUGAAAUUGCUACGCCAUCAAAUGAAGAUGUGGAUAUGACUGAGAGCACUGGCUUGACAAACUUGAAGGCUACCCCACUUGAAGUUCUCCUUAUUCCACGUCUUAAUUCUGAACUGUAUCAGUAAAACAAGCUUUCUUGAGCUGAAUUCAGUCGUUCCUACAUGUGUAUGUGUGUUUCACCAAUAAUUUUUCAUGUCUGCUAAAUCCCUUACUUUUGCCACAGUUGAAAGUUA